AUGACGGAGGAAUCGGCGUUGAUCGAACGCAUCAAAAACGUCUCGUUGGACGGCCCGCUGGGCAAGCUCAACGAAUCGCAGCGCCAGACGGUCGAGAAGCUGCAACGCCUUCAGAAAUCACGCGAUGAGCUGGAAGUGGCUUACAACAAGGAGCUUAACGAAUUGCGCGCGAAGUACGACCUUUUGUUCCAGCCCAUUUACGAGGAGCGCGAGAAGGUUCUGACCGCCCCUAGCGGUGAAGAAAAGGGCACACCGUCGCUGCCGAAAUUCUGGCUGACUGCUAUGAAGAACAACAACCUGCUGCGCUCCAUCAUCGAGUACAGAGACGAGGCGGUGUUGGCGUACCUGUCUGACGUGAAAGCCGAGUUCCUGGAGCCUGUUAAGCAGGAGUCGUUCCGCAUCAUCAUGACCUUCGAUGAGAACCCAUACUUCUCCAACAAGGUGCUGACGAAGCAGUACACCAUGAAGGUGAUCGACGGCGAGGUCGAGGCUCUUCUUCAGGGCACUGAGGCCACUGAAAUCAACUGGUACCCCGACAAGGACGUAACCCGCCAGACUGUGACCAAGAUUCAGAGGCACAAGAGAACCAAGGAGACCCGCACCAAAACCGAGAUUGAGGACCAACCCAGCUUCUUCCGCUUCUUCACUACGCAGGAGGUUCCCACCAACGAGGCCCUUUCGCGUAUGUCCAAGCAGGAGGUUGCAGAGCUCGAGAUGUACGUCGAGGAGGACUAUGACAUAGGUAUUGUGAUUAGGGACAAGCUGAUUCCGGAGGCCAUCUACUGGUACCUCGGAAUCGCAGAGGACGAUGACCUGGAUGAGGACGACGACGAUGAUGAUGACGGUGAUAGUUUUGGCAACACCGAGUCCGAUUUCUCCGAUUCCAAUUGA